AUGAAAGUCACAGUUGUUGAGUGGAGGGGGUUCUGCACUUGGCACUGGGACCUAGCACCGUCGGCGGAAAACGACUCGGCCGGCUACAUUGAAGAACUAUGCGGAAUAUGCCGUGUUUCUUUCGAUGGCGCGUGUCCCAGCUGCAAAUACCCUGGAGACGACUGCCCUUUGAUCUUGGGGGUUGGGUGCACCCACAACUUCCAUCUCCACUGUAUCCUCAGAUGGCUAGAGCAGGAAUCGUCAAAGGGAUUGUGCCCCAUGUGUCGGCAAAUAUUCGACUUUAAGCAGAUCACAAACGAUUCCACAGAGGAAGUGGCAAAUUUAAAGACGUUAAUCGAUGGCCACAAGGUGAUGAGAGAACGCGUGCUGCAAAAUGACCAGCUGGAGUUUGAAGCUUUUGAAGGAGGCGCCGACACCACAAGCUAA